AUGGUUGAAGUAUUUGCAGAUUUUGAUCCAGUCAUGAAAGAGCAUGUUAGACGGAUCGAGAAGCAUGAAACUCCUUAUCAUUAUCUCAGUCACAGGAUUCAGAAUGAGUUGAUUGAUAUGCUUGGGAAUGAGAUCAAACAAAUAUUCUUAAAGAAGAUUCGAGAGAUUGUGAAUGGUGUUACGGUAAAACCAUUAUCACAAACUCGUUGGGAAAGCCGCAUCCAAAGUGUAAAAGCAAUACGAUUUCAGGCUCCACAAAUACGAGAGGCUUUGAUUUACUUGGCUGAAAACAGUGCAAAUCCAGGAACCAAAAGUGAAGCCGAGUCUCUUGCAAUGAGUGAAACUUAUGGGAUUGGAAGCUUUGAGAUUUUGAUUGAAAUGAUUAUUUGGUAUGAGCUUUCGUUUGUUGUUAACAAAGUAAGCAAGAUCAUACAGUCAAAAGAUAUGGACAUUGAUAUUGAUAUUGCUCAAGUGAAAGGUCUUAUUUCUUUUUUUAAAGACUAUAGAGAAACAUGUUUCCAAGCAGCAAAAGUAGAAGCUGAAAAAAUUGCUAUUGCUAUGGAAAUUGAUCCUGUGUUCUCUGUGAAAGUAAAGCGGUUAAUUAAAAAGAAGAAAUAUCAUGAUGAAGAGCCUAGAAAAGAUGAUGAAGAUGUGAUAUUUACAGCAGAAGAAAACUUCAGGAUCAAUUACUUCAUCAAAAUUGUGGAUCAGAGUUUGGUUUCUUUCGAAAAAAGAUUUGAUCAGCUCCAAAGUUAUGAAAAAACACUUGAAUUGUUUUUUGAUCUGAAGAAGCUGCAGUUGACAAAUGAUGAUGAACUGAUGGUUUCUUGUGUCAGCCUUAACGUUUUUCUCAAGCAUGGUGAUCGUUCCGAUAUUGAUGGUAAUGAAUUAUUUAUAGAGUUGAAGCUCUUAAGAGGGAGUUUACCAACAAAUAUUCAGAAUGCUGCUGAGAUAUUGGAUUUUCUUAAGAAGGUGGAUACUUGUUAUCCAAAUACAUGGACUGCAUAUCGCAUAAUGAUGACAAUUCUUGUGUCAGUUGCAUCGGCAGAAAGAAGUUUUUCGAAGUUAAAACACUCAUAA